AUGGCGUCGCCUGUCGAGCCAGCGUGCCCGAAUGCAGAACUACCCUCAACACACAUCAGGAUACCACCGUUCUGGCCUGAAAAACCCGCAAUAUGGUUUGCGCAAGUGGAAGGACAAUUUGCCAUCAUGCGAGUGACUGACGAGACGGCAAAAUUUUAUCAUAUAUUGGCCAGUCUCGAUCGCCAAUAUGCCGCCGAGGUAGAAGACGUGCUCACCGGUCCUCCCGAUUACCAGCGGCUUAAAAAGGAGCUGAUAAAAAGGUUGUCGGCGUCCCGCAGUAACAAGGUGAAGCAGCUAUUGACGCACGAGCAGCUCGGUACACGCAAACCGUCACAAUUCCUGCGUCACCUACAACACCUCGCCGGACCGGAGAUCCCGGAGGACUUCCUGCGGACUAUAUGGACCAGCCGGCUACCAACCACGUUGCAGCCGAUCGUCGCGUCGCAGUCGACGCUUCCAUUGGACGCACUCGCCGAGCUCGCCGACCGUGUCCACGAGAUCGCAGCCCCAGUACACCACGUUGCGGCAGCCGUGACGUCAUCAUCAUCAUCGUCAUCACAAAUCGACAGGCUGUCCCAACAAGUAGCGGAGCUGACGCGGCAAGUCAGCGCCCUGACGACGCAGGUGCAUCAUCAACCGCGGCCGCAGGAGCGCGGGCGCGAACGUGGACGUCAACGACAACGCAGCCACUCAUCAUCACGCCGGUCGCAGUCACACUACCGCAGGUACCCCAUUUGCUGGUACCACAGCAAACACGGUGCCGAGGCGCGGAAGUGA